CGCACUGCCCUGCUUGUGGGCCCUGGCCUCUGCUGGUGGCCAAGGACUAGCUCCCUGGGGCCCACUGGUGAACUGAAUGCCAGAUUCCACUGCUGUGGAACCGGUGGGGCUGUGGCUGCACUGUUGCUGUGGCAACGGGAGCAUGCGCCAUGGUGGCUGUCAGGCCAUGCACUGGUGGGUGGACGAGGUGGCAGAGGCUGGUCAUGGGUAACGGGGGCUGUGGCUGUUGGUGGGGGCCACCCCUCUUGUGGUGGUGGUGGCUGCCCUGCGCCCUGGCCCCUCACCCCACUGGGGCUCGGGGGCUCUGCCAUGGGAGGGCUCCUGUGUGUGGUGUGGCUGGCUGGCGCCAGCAGGCCCCUGGCGCCACAGCUCCGAGCACCUGCUGGGGAAAGUGAUGCCCGUGGCCUGACUGCUGCUGACACUGGGGCACGUGGCUCCCCAGCGUCCGUGUCUAGUUUCCCCACUGUGCCGGUGUCACCAAGUUUAUGGCUUUCUGGCCCCCCACUUUAAAACAUGGCAGCUUGUCUUGUACUGCUACAAAGUCCCAGUUUAAUACAGCCGCUACUCCCCUGAGGCUCUCAAGAUGUCCCCUUGAAGUUAUUGAAGCUAAUGGUAAGGGGUAGCUCUGCUGAGCUGAGUGGGAGCCUACAGGUUGACAGUGGCUGCUGGUGCUCCCAGGAGGAGGAUACUGGUGAGGGGAUGUGGUGCUGGGGGUGCUCUGUCCUGCGGCCUCGGGGGCUGCCAGCACUGCUGGGUGAAGAGCAGCCACCAGAGAGGAACACUUCAUGUACAAGCAUGUUACUAUGCAGCUGCACCAGGAAGGUACCAGGGAAAAACACUACAAAUAGCUGCCAAGCAACUGUAUCCUAAGGAGACGCAGAAACAUCAUCUACUUUGAGUUUAUUUCACACUGAGGAGCAGGCAGCCCAGGCUGCAGAUGUUACCAAGCUUUUAAAUUCACCUCUUCUUGUCUUUGCAGUUUCUUGUUACUUGUCUGCACGCUCACGCGACAGGAUACGGGAACUUGCAGAACCCAGGGAAGCAGCUUGUGCACAUGAUCCCAAGUAAGGCUAUGUCCAGACAGAUCUGGCUCAAGGGCUGGGGACUGAUGGGGCUUCAGCUGGUGCAGACCCUUUGCUUUUGUUUUGCUGUUGUUUGCUUCUCAAGAGCACAAGUGACUCCAGAAAAGUAGACUGAGAUGUUCAUUGCAUGAGGGACUCUUCAAUUUGCUCUUUCUUGGUUUUGGUGCAAAAGCUGGGCUUGACCCAAGUCUUGCCUUUGCUGCCCCAUCUGAGCUGCCCCGCUGAGGUGUUGCUGGGUAGGAUGGUGUCGUGGUGUGAGGAGGCUGGACCUCACUGGAGCUGCAGGCUGCUAUAUCCUGGAGGACACAGUCCAGCUUUAGGAACAGAGUUGCCGUUUGCAUUAUGUGGUCAAGCUAUGGCUUGACAAGCUAGGGCAACAAUCUCUUAAUAACGUCCCUUCUCCAUGGUCUGGGUGGGUGUCUCUACUCGAAAAAGGUUCCACAAACCCACUGUCCUGCUGUUCCCUGUCCUGAAUACCCUGGUACCUUCUUCCACCAUGGUCUCUCAGUGGGGGAUGAACAACUCCAAAUUUGCCCUGGGCACAGGAGAAUAACCACUAACGUGCUGCAAAACCUCACCCACUUUCCGUGGCACACCCUGACCAUAACAUUAUUAUUAUUAUUUUUACUGUCAUACCUGUGGUAUAGUUAGGUGGUAAUGGUGAGGCAAGAAAAAUGCAAUCAUGAAACUCCCCCAGGGGUUUCAGAGAUCUAAUGAAACGACCCUUUCUGCGUAUCAACUAGUAACUGUACAACCAAAUUCAUCACUUGAAGGCUCUUUUCUUUUUGAGUUGUCAACAACACCUGGACAGUGUUAGGAAAUUCUGUGCCAGAGAAGGUGAAUGCUCAGAGGAUGGCAGUGGCACUUUACAGCUGUGGGGAGCUGUAGGGACUCUGUGUGUGGGUGUCCCAUCCUAGGCAGGGCAUGAUAACCCCAGCAAGCAUAUUUCACACUUGUGCAUUGUUUCUGAAAUUUCACACCCUUGCUGUUCUUGCUAGGCUUGUGUGGGGAAACCAAGAGAUGAUCUGGACCCUCUCGUGUGAUGCUUUUACAGCUCGACCAUCCCCAAGAACAGUGGCACUGGCCAAGCCCAAGAAAGAUUUUGGCAAGCACCAGUGCAGACCCCUCUUCUUGUACAGCUGUGGACGGGAAUCAACAAUCUGGGAGCGUCCCCUGAUAGUGGAUUUUGCCUUCCCUUCUGAUCGGCUGCUGAAGUUGUCUGAACCUAAAAAAUGCUCCGCUGCUUACCUGCGGCAAAGACCUCGCCAGUCCCCCGAGUGGCCUGUGUCACCAGCUGCACGGAGUUAUAAAGCCUCCCCACGGAUCAUGGAGCUUGCCCAGCCAAAGGUGCUGCAUCCAGAGUUCUUGCUGGCCAGAGAGGUGCCAACACGGGUUACAAAUGCUGCGGCCUUGGCCAGAGCAUCCUCGCGGUUACAGCGUCUUGCAGAGCCCCGGGUCAGGGAGAUGACCUGCUGCUAUGAGUGCAGCUUUCUUGAAUCUGUCAUUCGUCCGGUUUCCAAGUUGGCUCAGAAGGCAACUGCAAGCCCUCGGACCCUGGAGCUGGCUAGGGCAAAAAGAUUGCAUCCUGAUUAUGUGCCUCUGCGGGAUGCUGAGUGGCCAGUGACAAAGGCUGCAAAGCACACCGUGGCCACGCCAAGGCUCGUGGAACUGGCCCAGCCUCGCAAAAGGCCUCCUACGGACUCAGCUCAAUUCAACCCAGACGCAUUCACGGUGAAGGAGACUGCUAAGAAGGCAACUUGUUCUGCUCGGAUCCAAGACCUGGCUCGUCCAAUUAAGCGCUGAGCUCCCUCAGAAAAACAGUCUGCUGCUUGUGCCAGUUGCCUCCAUCAGCCCUUGGAACAUCACCCUCUUUCGGCUGGGCUGUGUCUGGAAAAACUACUUGAACACGGCAUGGAGGCAGCACCCAGCAGGAACACUUUUUUUUAUGAGCAGCCACUUUUACUGGGCUUAUCUGGGGAGUUAAAUAAAAUGGUCAUUCCUUAAGAACAAAAUAGUCAUCAGGGAAAAUGAGCAGAAUUUGACCUAAUGUGGGAAGCCUCUGUCCCUAGUAUGUGUUACAUCUGGAAUUUAUCACCUUUCUUAUCUUUUUGCUCUAAUAGUUAAAGAAGGAAUGAAAUAGCUGUAGGGGAAGCCAGCACAGGAACUGUUAUUUCACUUAAGGAAGUCUGGCAAACCAAAGCCAACGACAUGCAGUAGGUUGAUGCAACACAAUUUCUGACCUUAGGUUUCAAAAUUUUUGCUAAAGUUCAGAGAUCUUCUUAGCAACACUCCAAGUUUUGUGCCUGUGACAAGAAGUAGAAGCACAAAAGGCUGCAAAAUUCCAGAUCCGGAGCUGAAUUUGAUAAGGUGCAAAUCUGUAAUACAGACUUUGGAAAUGCUGGGGUGGCACAUGUGUUGAGUUGACUUGGAUUUGGGGCCCAUUUUCUCAACUGCCUGGAGAACAGGCAGAUCCAGUGCUUUGCUUUGCAUGCAUCUUUGAUACAAGUCUCAUGGGUUAAAUUUGUGCAGUUCAGAUACUCAGUUGUGUGACCCUGGGCAAAGUAAUGGAGCUCUGCAUUGUGAUUUUUGGGGCCUAACUCAGAAAAGCAAAGUAAGGGAGAGGGCACAUGGCAAAGACUAAGAAGAAAACAGGUAUCAGUACCAGACUCUGCAGAAUGAACUCUUGAGCUCCAAUUGGGUCUGUGGGUGCAUCAGUUUGGCAGCUGGAUUGCAGGGGAACGACACAGCCUGUGUGGGACAUGGCACAGGGAGAUUGCUUUUAUCUGUUUCCUGUGAAUGUGGCGUGCUCUGCACUGGCAGCCUAACUACUGGUGAUGGGCUGGAAAUACUGAGGCAAGCUGCUCUCCAGAAAGGGACAAAAGCCAUAAAUGAAAGCUUUGGCAGUUUCAGUGCCAGUGUAUCUUAAUCUUCCCUAGGUUAACCUUACAAAGAAGUAGAGGCAGGUGAUCACAAGCCAGAAGAGGAUUCAUCAGAAGAUCCACUAAUUGAUGCAAUAAUCCACUGAACAGAAGAUUUUUUGAAACCUUUUGAACAAGGUAAGGUCACUGGACAACAGAGCUGGUUAUUUUUUAGCCCAUGCAUUGUCCUG